UCUCAACUACCACCACCAGCACCACCAGCUCUCGGACUCGGGUCUGCUAAUCUGAUCUAACUGGGAAGCUGCCUGUAUCUCCAAUUAAUCUAAUUGAUCUCUCCAAUCUAUGCAAGGGAUAGAGAGAUAAGCGCUGACAAAAACCGCGCGCUAGAAGGAUCUAUGAGAAGAGGAUAGGCUCGUCAUGACACAGAUGAGCAACAAACCAAGGCACAGACGUUCCCCAUGCACUAAAAACCAUCGCGAGGGGGGCUCUUAGUACAGUACAUAGCUCCUCUAUUCUCCAGCGCCACUACACAUCUUACUGGCUCCCUGAAUACCGCCAGCGUCCCUUGUUUCAUGCCGUCGGUUGAAGCUUCUCCGCUCCCUCCGCCGUCGGGAAAAAAAAAGAAAAAUAUUCACUCCUUUUCCUUCUCCUCCUUCAUAAACAUUUCGCAAGAGUGUCCUAGAUUUCGCAUUUCAUCGUUUCACCGUGUACGUCCUCGUGACAGCGCCACCGACAAAGCGAAACUCAAACUGUCGUUUUCGUUGUAUGAGUUUACGGCGAUUACUUUUCUAGAGGAGGACUAUGCCCAGCAGUGGCUUGUUGAAGAUUGAUUGAGGCGGGAUUUCUUUGGUGAAAAAUAUUGCGGGAAGAGUUGGUACACCGCCACGAGAUCCCGUGCUGGCUUUUGCUCUGGUUGGUUGCGUUCGUUUGAGGCGUUACGGCUGUAGUUAAAGGGAAAGAAAAGAAAAAGAAAAGAAGAAGAGGAAGAAAAUAUUUGAAGUUCCCAGGAAGCCCAGCGAGGAAAAAAGAGAAAAAUUUGGGUGCUUAUGGUUCCCGCUUGCACUUGAACAUUGCCAAUUCCUCUCCUCUCUCUCUACUCCAUUGGCCGCGGAUAUUAAGCUUCAAGGAAAAACCAGGACCUCCUUUUCACGCUCCAUCAUUGUCCGUGUCGAGUAUAAGAGGGUUAUGCAAUCAUGGCGUGGGAGCAUCUUUCCAUCGAUAAGCCUCACGUGGCCUACAUGAUCCUAGGCGGGUUUACGAGCUUGUUUAUGCUGUGUUCACUAUUCGUCAAGGAAAAACUAUACAUUGGCGAAGCGACAGUGGCAACAUUAUGCGGUGUCAUAUUCGGUCCUCACGCUGCCGACCUCUUCGACCCGAUAUCAUGGGGGAAUGUAGAUAAGAUCACACUAGAAUGUUCGCGCAUUGUUCUUGUCGUCCAGUGCUUUGCCGUCGGUGUCGAACUGCCCAAGUCGUAUAUGGAAAGGCAUUGGAGGUCGGUCGUCUUGCUUUUACUUCCCGUCAUGACCUGGGGAUGGCUCAUAACGAGCCUUUUCAUAUGGUGGAUGGUACCACCCUUGUCAUGGCUGGAAAGUUUGGCCUGCGCUGCAUGUGUUACUGCCACCGAUCCCGUCCUAGCUUCGUCAGUUGUCGGGAAGGGAAAAUUCGCAAAACGUGUGCCCAAACAUCUUCGAGAUUUACUCUCUGCAGAGUCAGGCUGUAACGACGGCAUGGCUUUCCCGUUCAUCUACCUUGCUAUCUAUCUUAUUCGGUACCGGCCAGAUUCGAAGCAGGUGGCCUAUCAUUGGAUCUGCUUCACUCUCCUCUACGAAUGCAUUUUCGGAGCCAUUUUCGGUUUUGUGAUUGGAUACAUCGGACGUCACGCUAUCAAAUUCGCCGAACGGAAGAGUCUCAUCGAUCGAGAGAGUUUUCUUGUGUUCUAUUUUGUAUUGGCCCUGUUCUGUGCAGGUGCAGGCAGUCUAUUGGGUAUGGACGAUUUGCUUAUCGGUUUCUCUGCUGGCGUGGGAUUCAGUAACGAUGGAUGGUUUACAGAAAAGACGGAAGAAUCCCACGUUUCCAACGUUAUCGAUCUACUGCUCAACUUGGCGUAUUUUGUCUAUUUUGGGGCAAUUAUACCAUGGCAGCAGUUCAAUGCGCCCGAAAUUGGGCUGGUGCCGUGGAGGUUGGUUAUAAUUGCGAUUUUCGUGAUAUUUUUCAGGCGACUACCCAUCAUGUUAAUGUUGAAACCUUUUAUACCGGAUAUCAAAUCAUGGCGAGAGGCGAUGUUUGCAGGCCAUUUUGGUCCAAUUGGUGUUGGGGCUAUUUUCGCUGCUAUCCUCACCAGGGCCGAGUUGGAAAAUGGAACAACCCAGCCUCUUGCAGUCCUGCCAAAGCCUGGCGAGCACAACUACGUGAUUGUCACUGUUAUUUGGCCGAUUACGACGUUCUUGGUGAUUUCAUCCAUCAUUGUGCACGGAUCUUCGAUUGCUGUCUUCACCCUCGGAAAGCAUAUCAAUACCUUGACCAUCACGAUGUCCUACACUCAAACCAACGAUGAUGGACCGUCGUGGAUGAACCGACUUCCUCGCAUCCAAACGCAAUCAAAAGCGUCCCUGUCGUUACGCAAAGAAUCAAUGGAGUCGGACGCGAACGGGAGACUUCCUGAAUUCCCGCCUGGUACUCUUCCCCCUAUUGGGUUUCCAGGAAAUCUACUACGACGCCAGAGAGAAGAUGCCGAGAGCGAACCAAAUAGUCGCGCAUCUAGUCGCAGGCCUUCGAGAAGACGGAAAAGAAUCGCCGGUGGACCGAUUAGUCAAUCUGCAAUUAUGCCACGGAGGAGGGUGGAGGAAGCGGCUGUUUCUAUACAAGGUGAAAUCACAAAGGAGAACAAGCCUCCCUUGGAACCACCCGAGCCGGCAACCCAGGAACCUAAUAUGGAAGUUUACCGUGAAAGCGACAAGAUAAUCGUUGAAGACGAGGAAGGUAAUGCUAUGGAUACUUCCAACUUCAGUCAAAUGAGCCCUAAGGACCAGGAACACUUCCUUCAGGAUCAUAAUGAGCUUCGCCAAAAUCGAAUCGGGGAGCUUCCAACAUCCAAGGCUCAAGAAGAAGAAAAAUCCGACAGUGAAUCCGCAGGCACUGCCGUUGGCGAGAAAGCGGGACAUACUCGUGAACAAAUUAGAGCACGCCUCCCUUCAUGGAUCCGUGGAGGACGGGGAAGAGAGAAAGAAUCUAAGGACGCCCCAUCCAAUAAAAAACCGGACCAGGGACGUCGUCGACCGGCAAAGGCAUAUCAAUUUGGAAGCACGGUCAUUGUCGAAGAUGAAGAUGGCGAAGUGAUCAAGAAAUUUACCAUUCCUCCUGAUGAGAUGCGUUCGAAGGACGUCGAGGAGGCUGGCCCUAGUAGUUCUGCGGAGGCUAACCCUCCAUCUUCCAUCGAGCUUGAGCCUAUACGCCGAAAGCUAUCCCGCGUAGGAAACUGGAUUGGCCUUGGAGACCAGAAAGAAGGAGGCGAAUCUUCCUCUAAGAAAACGCAACAAGUCGAAGGUGAAUCGUCCGACGACGAACGACUGCGAUUCACCGUAACAAGGCCAGACCUGAUGACAAGGCCCGACAUGGGGCGCAGAAUGAGCAAGCAAGAUUUUAUCAAACAGAUUCGCACGUUGGACCCCAAAACCCGUACGGAACUGCUUCACCACUCCUCCACCCCGGAACAGGUGAAAGCCGCCCUCCAAAAGGAGCCUGCUCGCCCAUCUUACCGUCAACAUCAAUCAGCACAAUCACAAUCACACCUAUUCCCGCAACCCACCCACGACUUCCAAUCUCCUGGAGUAACAGGACAAGAACCACAGCAGGACGACAUCACCACCACCAUCACACGAUUCUCCGACCGCACGACCACGAACGCCAGAACCCGUCGACGGGACCUCAUAGCCACUUCCAGCGAUGCAAGUGAACCGAGCAGCUCCACGUCCGCAUCCUCCACCGGCAACCGUGGCGAUUCCGAAGACGACGGUACCGAGCGCAUCCCACCCUCCCAACUCCGCCAACUAGCCGGCAUACCCCUGCCCUCCCCGCCCACACCCUCCCAACUAGCGAUACACGACAGCGCCGAAACGCCUGCUGAGCGCAAGCGCCGGCUAGCAGCGUUGGGCGAAUUGGCUAAUGACGAUGACGAUGACGAGGUCGAUGAUGGCUGGGAUGGCACGGAAUCCCCCGGAGGAACUCGUGGGCGCGGACGACAGAAAUGUCAGCCUGUGGCCAUCACCCACGAGCCUGAUAGUGAGGAUGAUGGCGAACCGCGGGCUGUGAAGGGGAACGUGCAGUUUGCGGAUGGGACGAGACCCGCGAGGAAAAGAGGUGCGGCGGGGGAGGUGGCUAUCGCUCCGUCAAGAGCGUAUGGAGCUAGUACGCGGUCUACUGCUCGCGAUGGGGACGAGGGAGAGGGUAAUGGUGGUGGCGGAAAUUCUGAUACUGGAGGUUUGAGUGAGAGGAGUGGGAAUGGGAAUGGAGGGAGAGGACACACUCCAAGAGUGUCGUGGGGUGGGGAGAGGGGCAGGCAUUUGUAGACAAAGGCUUGGUCGGGGUGGGGGAUGAAGCCGGGAAAGAUAUGUUCUGAGUACAAAUUAAAUGGUUUGGUUGGCUAUGAUUUGAUGAGCACUGCCUACUUUUUUUGUCUUUGUCUUAUGUUAGAUACCUGAUGCUCUUUGUCAUUUUCUUCAUUAGAGUUGUACGGCUAGUUUUUUGCUAUGACUUUUAUGAUAUUUUUUUCCCUUAUCUGUCUCUGUUUGGUUUCGUCUCCUUUUGCGAUUCAGCUCUUAAUUUUUACUAUCAAGCGACGUUUUGUGCAGAAAUUGUAUGCACUCGUUUUCCUUUUGACCUUUUCUUAUGCUAAAUUUAUUAUUCCCGUGGCCUUUAGUCGUUACGUGUGAUGAUGAUGAUGGUAUAUGAUGGGUUGUGUAUGUCAAUAAUAUAUGUGUCUGUACAUGCAUUGUAAUUUAAGCCUAUAAUAUCUACUUGAAAAUAAAGUUUAUCUUCCCGU